AUGCGGUUCAAAUUAUUGAAAUUAGCGACUGUCCUGCUCCUCGCGGGAUCCAGCGAUGGGAGACCUCAAAAGCUUGAGGUCUCACGGAGUCUUCAACCGGAAGUAGAAGACCCGAAUACGGAAGGAUGGCGACCGGUGCAGCGUGGCGUGAAUUUCGCACAGGAGCCAAAGCCUGUCGUCAAGGAUCUGCCUCAAAUUGUCGAAGGCAAUAGCAGGUACACGGAAGGAAGGCGCGCAACGCGCGGAAAAGCUUAUCUUAUGAAUAACCUUUUUUACGAAGAUCGUAUUGUCCUUGAAGACAAACGAGUUGGCGAUAGAAACUACGAGCAAUUAGAUCUAGGGGCCUCAGAUUCCGAGUUAUUUAGACUGUCUGUACCGAGAACAAAAAUUGGACUGGAGUUAGGUAGGAAUUUAGCGACUGAAGGUAGAAGUAGUAAGGAUGUAAGGAUACCGUCUGGCAAUGAGGUUGGUAGGAUUAAAGGUAGAAAUACUUUCGAUCACUUUGUGGCGAACAAAACUGCCGAAGCAAAACCCAAGUUGGUAGAUGAGGUUUCGAUGGAUGUUAAAUCACAUUCGAAUUUGGAUAAGACUGUAUUACUUUUAGGGAAUAACUUGUCUUCCAAUACCGAUGAAAGCACAGAUCGAAUUAUAUCGUUGAGACGCUCACGGGAUGGUUCAUUAGCGAUAGGUUCAGUUUUGUCUUCGAGCCGAAUGACGCUGGAAAAACCAGAAGCGAAGGUAGUAAGUUCGAGCAGAACUAAGCCACGGGUUGUUAUUUAUUCUGGGACUAUUUCAGAAGGUUCUCGGCCGGCACAGCUGAACAGGGCAAAAGUUAGAAAUUUCCUUAAAAUUGUACCAACCUAUGCGAAUCAAAAAAUUUCUAGGAACAAACCGGCGCAUUUGCAUAACAAUCUUCAUUCGCAUCGCAAUAUUCACAAUCGGGUUUCUAGUCCGAACUUGCACGAUUCGCAAGCUGAAGUAAAGCAUUUUGAAAGUGAUUCAAAGAAAUCGGUGGUCACGUUUCACUUACUAACCGACCAAAGUGUCCAACAGAAAUUUGGUCAAAACAAUUCUACAAACAACCUGAUCCGUAUGAAACCGCAGGCGAACCAAUCGCUGCCUCAUUUCACAUUGAAAAGCGAAAAUCACCAGGCUGGCGAGCAGGUACGUGGAAAAAAUAAACCGAAGAGCAAUGUCAAGGUGAACGUAAAUUCGAGUCAAAGUGUCUCGGACUUGAAUCUUAAGAACUGGCCGAACGAUAACUUGCAAAAUAUCGAGGAUUUGUACAAUUACGAAAAGUACACAUCCUUCGAUGAUGGUUAUGACAGUUUGGAAGCGCAGGAAAUUACCGAUGUUUCCGUGCUUCAUCAAAAUGCGCCCAGCUUCCACGUCGUAAAGAAGAAACCUGGAAGCAAACCAUCGAUUUCGGAAGCGGAUAUGACAGCCAUUCCCGAGCCUGCGUCUUAUGCAAAUCUCGAACAAAGCGCGCAAGAAGUAGUUCAGUGGCAACAGAUUCCUCCGUUUACCUCUGACAAUAGCGACUUUCUAGCUACAGAAAUGAACGGAAACGAAUCGAAUACGUUUGAUCCAAUUCCAGAAGGCUUAGAACCGAAUCAACCAAUAAAUCUUGAACAGGUUAACGGACAGAGUACAAAUUUUUACGGGUACAUUAACGGAAAGCCAUCCGUCCCAGUUAUGCAAAAUUACGAUGAUUCCGCUCAGGGGCAAGUAAAUUACGAAGAUCAGUAUCACCAGCUGAUUUUUCAAAAUUUAAAUUCGCAUGCGUCGCAAAACAACUUUUAUCCAACGCAUGUAACGAGGCCAACAAGCGAAACGGUUGGAAGCGAUGGUGCUUACAUGGAUUAUCAAACCGAUCCCACUAAUGGGCCAAACCUGUCCAAGAAGCCGCAAUUCAACCCAACAUCAGUCGUCUCGCAAAAUACCGUAGUACACAUCCUGAAUACCGGUAAGAAACGACCGAAUGUCACCGUAACCGAAAUGAAAGAACCGGAUAAUCCUGGCACGUCACUGAAUCCCAAUGAUCCGAAAGAUGACAAAAAGAAUGAUUCAGCCUCGGCACCGAACGUUCACAUAAUGUUCACCAUGCAAAAAGACGAGAUCGAGCAGAACGAGAUGCAGCCCGGGGUGUCAAUGGAUCAUGAGAUUCCGGAAGUGACGUACGACGAGGGCAGCAAUUGUCCAACGGUGACGAUCAACUCUUACACCAGGAUAAACAAUACCGUCCAAGGCAAGGAGGGCUGUACCGAUUUGAACAUCGUCAUAAACUCGCACGUCCUAAACACAAAUGUAUUCAAGCACCCGCCACCCUCCACCGGAAAUUAUGGAUCAGCGACCAAGGUGCCUAGUGAGCGUUACCCAGGAAGCGGUCUGAACCAGGGUAGUUACGCUCCUCCUUCAGGCGGUUAUGGUACUUCCGGCGGAGGCUACGGAACGUUUCCUUCCGGUAGUGGACAGCACCCGGAAGGAUUAUACCAGCAAGGUGAUUCUCAAAACGUUCCUAUUGACGAUGGUCAGGACCUUCAGGGUGUGCUGCAAUACGAUCAGUACGAUCAGCAAUUCCCAGGGACGGCGACUCUCGAGGUCUUCCAACAGACCCAAAUCAACGUUGGCUCGCAGAACGAUGUGUCAGAUGCAGAAGGUUCUUUCGAACCAGAUCCCCCAGGCAACUCUCCUAGCUCAGGUGAUGGUUUAGCUGACGAUCCGUCUGCUCCUGAUGCUGGAGUACCAGAUAGUCCUUUGAAUCCUGGUGCAGCACCGGGAAGUCUCCCAGGAUUUGCGGAUGAUCCAGGUGGUUCAGAAGUUGCAAGUGACCCUGCGGCCGGAGGUGGUGUCCCAUCUAUUCCUUCUCUAGGUGGAAUGCAGGGGUUCCCACCGCUGGGGGAUGAAGAGAUUCCAGCCGAUGUGGCGGCGGCUGCUGUUCCGGAAAACGCGGCUGCGGACGUUCCGAUAUCCCCGGGAACUGGUGGCUCUUCUGGAAUACAAUUACCCGGGAUUGGAAAUCCGUUGUCGGGUAUAACAGGUCAGCUUUCGGAUGCUGUUGGGAAUCUCGGCUCUCAAAACGGGAACGGAGGGCUUGGCCCAGGGUCCGUUCUCGGGGAUGACGAUGACGUCGAUGACGAUGACGAUGAAGAUGACGAUGACGAGCUGAUGGACCUGAUGCCCUUCAGUAUCGUGGAGUCUAUGACUUCUAUGCUUCCCUACUUUACAUUUUUGAAUCCGUUGAAUUAUGGUUUCUUCAGCAUCGCGAUGUCGCCUCUCGCCGUUGCUGCAGCCGGUAUUUUUGGGUUGGCGGCGUUUUUCGUUCCCUUCGCGUUUCCAACCGCUUUAGGUUUCGGACGGGCAACUAAUCGAGUUAAGGUCAGAGUCACACCCACGCUUGAGGACAUGGUCAUACGGUCGAUUCAUAAGUACAAUAAUUGGAACGAGUGGAAGAGCAGACGAAAGAAGCGAAAAAGAAUCCAAGUUUCGAAGUCUCAGCGGGAUGCUAAAGACCUUCCUGACAUGAAGCAGUCUCUGAGGACUGUGGCAACGCAGUUACUCAACGUGACUGACCCCAAUGAAUCUCCAAAAACGUCUGCUGACCUGAAGAACGAAGCUGGCAGGACGAGCGAACCGAAGAAGCUCGUUACCAUCGGAAAGAUCGGGAAAUUUGAAAACUUACCAAGCACUGAAGUGAAGUCGAAAACGGAGGACCCCGACCUUCUUAUAAAGGAGAUAAACUCGGAAAUAAGUUCCAUGGAGGCUAUCGGCGUCAGUUUUGGGCGACCUAUGAACUCGAAAUUUGGUUAUUUCGAAAGUAGCCACCCGGGACUUGCAAUGGCCGUGACAGAUGAGGAGUUGGAGAAGGAAUUGUCCUCGAGACGAGACGUGAUUGGCUACAAAAACCAGCUGACCACUCCGGGCGGAAUAUCGACCUGGAUUCUCUUGAACCCACCAACGACAACACCGAAAUCUGUACAGCAAGAGGCGAAGAAGCCGGCUGACACAGUCAAGAAAAUCGCCACGAAGCCGACGUCUUCUAUCGAGAAGAUAGACGUCGAUCAACAGGGCCAAAAGAAACCGAUUGCAAUAGUAGAAAAGGUAAUGCCCACACAGUCCUCAGGAAAGUUGGCGACGAAUAAGGUUAAGCCCGUUCCAAGUAACUCUAGAAAUGGUCAGAAAACGACAACUGUAAAACCACAAGUGGCGCAGACGACACCUAAGAAAGCGACUGUCAAUCCUGGACAGUCUCCUGCAGAAGUUACAACCCCGAAGACGAAGGAAACGGACAAUUUCCCCACCACGGAAAAAGUACUGACAGUGACGAAGAAAAUCAUCCAAGUUCAAAGAACGACCCAGCAAAAGUUGGCGACAUCUACGACCACCGUUAGGUCAACGCCAAAAAUACCGAAGGGAAAUCUGAACAGAACCAGAUUUCCAGCUAGAACUACAACGACAGCGAAACCGGAGAAGAAACCUGAAACAGUAUCCACAACUAUGAUUGAGAAGGUGACAUUUAAGCCGGUUCAAAUGAUACCAACGCCGAAGGAUGAGACGAUAAUAGAAAGGCCCACCUUUGUAGCGAAGAUAAAGACGCCUAUCCCUGUGGAAAUGCCGAGAAGCACUCCGGCGCCAGUUCCGAAAAGCACAACACCAGAGUUCAGAGAAACGACAAUGGCUGCGAAGACAGAUUUCACGGGGUCGGAUCUCGUUGAAGUUCCUGUCCAGACGAAACUUCCGAUAACGAAGAUAAACAACGUGUUGAAGGCUGAGAUGAAGAAACCAAUCGACGAAGCACCCAAGAUCGAAGAUCCAGUAUUGAAGAGUAAGAAACAGAGUGCUGACGAGAAAGUCGAUGCCUUGAGCGAUAAAGCUAUCUCCCAGGCACUGAAUAAUUCUCAGAUCGAUCUUAAGUUUGAAUUCAAUCCUGAACUGACGAAAAUUGAAGUAAAGUCUCCCCCAGAAGAGCCGUUAUUGAGCACGACUACGAAAAAACCGAGGAGAAGUUCGCAGAAGCGGCGAAGAAACAAGAACAAAGUGAAGCGACGUAGGCCUUCCAGCUCAACCACGGAAAGCAGCGAAGUCACGACGGAAUUGAUCGCUAGUGAAACAGCUCUUCAAGAAUCCAAGGUAGAGCCUGACACGAAGGAAGUGAACGCGACGAAAACGAAGAAAAAACAAGUCGAGAAACCGAUCGGUACACAGAUUUACAAUUACUUGAGCCGAGAAAUCAUGCCAAGCUUUGGAGUUGUGUCUUUGGUUGGUCUGGGUCUGGGAUUAGCUUCUUAUUUCCUGUAUCCGUUCGGAGGUGGAAUUGCGCGGAGAAAUUACGAGGUUGAGCCAAAUUACAAAUACAACCUUGGCGAAUAUGGCGGCAAUUACGGCCAAAGUGAGGAAGAAGUAUUCUCUAAGGUCCUCCAAGGUAUGACGAAUCACGAGGAAAAGUAUGGGGGCGCCAAGGAUUACGACUUGAACAAUUAUUAUCGAUACCAGAAGUUCGGAGGUCCGGCUAUCACUGACACGAAACUGACAAAAAGAAUUGAUCACAGAUAUCCCACGUCUUCGUCUGGAACAGCGUACAAACCGCUCGAAAAUAGCUACGACAUGAAAUAUAAGAACACUGAAUUUAAGUAUCCCGAAGUUUCGACGACGGCAAAUUAUUUCGAACGACAAAAACAGUCUGGUUAUACCGUAUCGGCUGACGGAGAUGCGGACCGUCAAUUUGUCGUCGGGAGCGUCCCCAAGGAGUACGGCUACGUCGAAAGCCCAGUUGUUGGUCAGAAGACGUCAACGUACGGUGAAAACGGGGACGGCCAAACCCAGUUCGAGGAGGACGGAGCACAGAACUAUGCUUUUCCAAAAAAUUCCGCAAAUGUUUCUCCGUUGCAAUCGUACGGACAACCGGAAGCGUUGCCCUUGAAGAGCGACGCCAAUUACGACGAGAUCGAGAUCACGCCUACGGCAGUCGCGGUCGAACAUGGUCCCAGAGCUUUGAAAGUGAAAAGGUCGAUAGAUGAAGAUCCGUUCCGUGCACACCCACGAUUCCGAAGAGAGUCCGUUAUCCAAGUGAUACCACCAAGCGGAAGCCUGGCAGUUACCGAAAAAGAAGAGAACUUGAGCAACGAGAUAUUCGACAUCCUCGACCUCAUGAUACCGGGCAAAGACGAGGCUCGGAAAAUCAAGGACCACACGAUGUCAAACUCCAUUGACCAUGACGAGAAGAUCGAGAAGAAGAGGGAGGGAGAAAAGACGAACAUGGCUGACAGUACGACGGAGAAUAUCGUGGAACUGGAGGACAAGAAAACCAGUGAAAAAUUGGUAGCACCGACCGUCAUACCGACGAUGAGUCCUACGGAGACAUCUUCGAGCACUCAUUCGCCUUCAACAACCGCAGCACAAGAGGUUGAAGUGGUUACCACGACGCCAACUGCCUUCAGCGAAGAAGCACCGACCGAAUCACAGACCAAAGAUGAGUCGAUUGACGAUAUAGCAACGGAAACUGAGGGACAGGAUCUCGAAGAGACGACUGUAGAGUCGUUAGAUGAAGCGACGACGACCGAAAAGGCGGACAAACCAGAAGAGUCGGGCUUCAACAUAUUCGAAUUCGUUAGGAAGGUCGCAGAAAUUAAGUUCAGGUUAGGAUUGACCAUACUGAAACACGCGAGCGAAGGAUUCGCGCGAUAUUUAGGGGGUGUUCAGAAGAGAAUCAAUGGCGAGGAAUGAUCGCCAUGUGAUACGGAGAGGAAAAGCAGACUGUGGGUCGAAUUAACAUUACACGUACUAUUAUAGGGAAAUCACGUUGAAACUAAUAAUGCGUUAAAUUCACGUUAGAUUUUUUAUCGAUGAAUAUUUGUCACGGUAAUCAUGCGAGUAUUUAAUUAGCGUAGAGUAAUUAUAAUCGGCUUUUUUGCCAUUGUGAAGUUAUCGAGUACAAGUCACAACGACGAUGUGGGAUUAUUGUGUAGUUUCAUUAUUUCUAAAAGAUGGGCUCGCGCACCGAUCCGAUUACCGUGCUUGACUUCAUUUUAUAAUAAGGCCAUGAAUUUUUCAAUACCUUUUUCAAAUGAACAUCUAGUUCAGGAUCAUUUCAAUCAGGCAAUGGGAAAUUCUGGCAUUCAAGCUCUCUUUGUUCGUAAGAAACUUUGAAGCGAAAAAAUUUAAAAUUUCUUAUCGACGAAUAACAACUUAUAAAUUGUCACAUAGUAUAUUAUGAUAUAUAGGUAUAUAGUUUAUUAGCGAAAGUUAUUACUUCGUUGAAAUAUCACACACCUAAAUAUAUAUGUAUAGAAAAUUUAUGAUGAUAUCGUACCUAGAACGCAUUUUCCUACACUUUACUAUC